GGGCGGCUGUCGGUUCAGUAAACGGUUUUAUUUUUUCGUAGCUUUCUUCUCUCUUUUGUGUGCGAUUGAAUUUUCAUUUGAUUUGUAAAAUUUUGCUGGGUUUUGUGACGUUUUUUUUUUUUUAUUUUCUUUCAACGUUCAUUUGGAGACUUAAUUUCUGUGCAAAAAAAAAAGAGAAAAAAAAACGAAAAAGAGGAAAGAGGAGAAAAAGAUCUCCCAUUGUUGCAAAACUCUUUUUUUUCCUUCUGUUCCAUGUUGACUCUCUCGUUGAGUUGAAGGUGAACAAAAUUUUGAUUGAUAUUUUAAGUGACAUCAUAUACUAUCAUUCAUCAUCCUGUCAUUAAAUCGAAUUAUUUUAUUUAACCGAGUGCAGUGCAUCAUACUCGUGAUAAGUGAAAAAUUGCCGUGUUCUUUUUGUUAUUGAUCACAGAACCGAUGUCUCUGAAUAAUUUAUAAUUUAAAAUCAACCGAUCAAUUGUGAAAAUAAUAAAUAAUUCGUGCGUCGAUGGGCUUGAUAUUUGAUUGGUUGUGCAUCAACGUCAAAAAAUAAACAUUGACCAAUAAAUUGCAAAUCGAAUGUUUUUUUUAUUAAGUGAAUCACGUACACACGGUUGAAAGCAAAUAGGAAAUAGUGUGUAUAUGUGUGUGUACAACUGAAACAUUGUUUCGUUCAUGUACCAGUUUAAGGGACGACGACAUUCAUUUUGCUUCGUUGUCCAUCUGAAAUUCAAGAAGAUCACCGAUAAACGGAGGAUUGCUUUGAAAAAACCAUCUGAAAACAGCAGCAGCAGCAGUACCGCCACUACCGCUGACAUAGAACCACAUUCAAACGAAAACAACAUUGAGCCUUCGUUAGACAGAAAUCCAUUCGAUUAUUGCUCUAUAUGCCAAAUUCCAUUGGAUAUUGUUGCGGCGGCCACCAAAAGCAACAACGACUACGAAUCCGACUCCGAAUCGGAAAUUGAUAAGUUUGCAUCGUGCCAUCUUUGCCAGUCGCAAAUAUGUAAGAGUCCACAAUGUGGUAUUUGGCUGGCAAAGCAUAACCACUGGGAAUGCACCAAUUGCCAUCAUUUUGAUUCCGUUGUGUAUGUACCAGCAUAUGAGUGGAUUUUCAAACAACUGAACCGUAGAUUUGAUGACAAAGCAUCUGCUGUUGAACGUGUCACAAAAACAGAACCCAUACACGAUACAAACCCGAAAUCGAAUGAUGAUGAUGUUAUGUUGGAGCUAAACGACGAAUCAUCACCAAUUCCAUUGCAACAAAGAGUUCGCGUACGGGAAUUCAUCGAAGAUUUGCUUGCAUCCAUGCUUGGCGGAUCACUGGAUCAUGUAUGCGUUGGACAAAUCUACAAGAAUUUAGAAUAUCUACCCAUAUUAGAGCACGAGAAAAAUCCGGGCGUUUCAUAUGAAAACCUGCGAAAAAUUGUGCACACCAUCGUCCAAGAGGUUAUCAAAUUGCCGGAAUUCUGUAACCAAAAGGGAUUGGAUGUUGACACAAAUCAAGUUCAGUCAUCGUUUGAGCCAAAAAUCUAUGAAGAUUUACUCGCCACUGCGGUAAUCAAUAAGAUUGUCGAAACGUACAACGAUAAAAAAUACGAAAAUAGCUCGGGUAUACAUUCAGGAGGCUCGGAUUUAGAUAGCAGUUGCCAUAUUGAUCAAACGAAUCAAAAUUUCAUUUUAAAUUCGCGUUGCAGUUCAACCGAUUUGAAAAGUGAAUACAGUAGUGCAUUUAAUGAACGUUAUCGUUCGCCGUCAAUGAAGACGGCUGAUAUUAUUGACGAAAUAUUCCGUGAGAAAUUGGGCAAAGAGAAUUAUCAGUCAUCAGCAUCCGCAUCGGCGAGUGCACGUAGCGAAUUAAGCGAUUACAUACAGAAUCAUAAAAUUUCAUUGCCCGACUUUGAGUUCAACGAUAACGAAAUUGAUAUCGCUGACGAAGAUUCCGAUGAAAUAGAACAAGAGUUUCAGUCGAUUUACGCGAAUAGCACGGGCUUUGAAACAAAUUACAACGAACUCUCGGACAAUUGGCUAUUUCGUAAAGUUGUAUCGAGAAAUUAUAUGAACGGUGGUGGCGGUUCGGCAAGUAGUAUUGCAUCAGCUUCAUCGCCCGUUGGAAUGUUAGUACCAUCACCGAGACAGGAUUGUCCCACCCUAAUUGGAAAUCGAAACGCCGAAGAAAUAAGCGAUCUAUCGGAAAACGGUUCCGAUAUCGAUUCAUUGCCGGGCGAAUUGCACAGUGAUACGGAGCUAAAUUAUAACGGCACAUCGAAUGCACACGAUUUACCACAUGUUUUAGUUGAGAGUAAAACACUGAUUGGUGGAAAAAAUGAAAUGAACGCCUUUGAACAGAGCAAAGUGGCUUUAAUUAAUUUACUUGAACCCGAUAGUUUGGUUUCUGAGCAGUCUUUGACCGGUCAAAGUCCUGCCAUUUCAGAAGCAAAGAAUAACCUCAUUCUAAUCGAAGAUCGUCCAUCACCAAUACCAGCCAAAAGAAUGAAUCGUUUUACCGACGACAGCAUUGAACAUACAUUCACAUACAGUGGGUCCAAUGAAAUGACGGCUAAUGCUGAUCUUCUCAUCAAAUUCGAUUCACUUGAAGCGUAUAAUCAAGAUACAGAGUACCGAGAUCAUGAAUCGAAUAAUGUGGAAAUUUUGAAUAAAAAUGACAACAAUUCAUUCGAUAAAAUGCACGCAUUUGACCAAAGCCUAGAGGACGUGAACCGUUUCACUGGUAAAUCGAGUCAUGCAUACCCACUGGCCACCGACACCAUUUCGAGUGUGGAUAGAGUGGGUUUACUCCAAAAAACCGCAUCCGAAUUGAACGAAGAAUACAAAGAUUCACUGGAAAUUACUGCAACAGAUCGAGAUCGUGCUCAAAUUGGUGAGGAUGGAAUUAAAGGCGAUUCAUUUGAUACCGUUGAACAAGAUUCUUUGGAAGCCAUGAAAAUCGAUGCAAACAAAACGAAUGAGGGCACACCACAGUUUCUUCCGUUCGCUCAAAUUGAAACAAAUUGGUCGCAGGAUUGUGCCUCACAAACUAGCACUUGUGAAUUUAGUUGUAGCACCACUGAAAAUGUAGUAGAAACCGAGUCAAUUAAUACAACUAACGAAUUGCAAACUAACAGUACCAUUAGCACUAAUCAAUCACUCGAUCAUGAUUUUCGAGAUUUACCAGGAUCGAUCGCCGAGCGCGAGCAUAUGAAAUGGCGAAAUGCCGUUGAACUUCCAAAUAACCCAUAUUCGGCGGAAGCAUUGCAGCGCCGUUUGAGUCAAUCGUCGAAUACCAAAUUCAUGGAUAUUGAACGGUUGGCUGGAAAAUUCGAAGCAAAUAUCGAAAGUAAACCAUUAAGCACCCCAAAUCAAAGCGACAAACCCAUUAAGGUGGUUCUGGGAGCAAAACGAGUGAAUCCGGAAAGAUACGGACGAGAUUAUUAUAUAAACGAUUCAAAAACAGCGUCCGGCUCACGAGCGCUAAGAACGAGCGGCGAUCUUAACCGGCAUCGUACCAUCGACGAUGACGAUGAUGACAACUACUAUAAUGACGGCCGUGGCAGCGUCACCAGCAACACCCCGGAAAAUGACUAUGAUGAAAACCAUAGUUUGCUUGUUGGCGACAUAGAAGUGGUAUCGACUACAGAAAGUAACGCAUGCAUUCAGUCCGAUAGCGGUGGUUCAUUCACGGAGGCACAUUCAACUACAAAAAUAGCAACAACCACAUUACAUACAGCGCAACCAAUACAAGUGGACGAACACGAUCCAAUUCUCGACAAGGCAACGAAAUUAGAUCAUUUGUGCAGCAAAGAUCGUGACUAUUAUUUGCUACACAGUGAAGCGGUGUCAGCUGAAGAGUACGCAAAAUUAAGUUUGGGUUCGGAAACGACAGCAACCGACGACGAUAGCAUUGGCCACGUACAACAAUCAUCAUCAUUGCCACAUUGCGACGACAGUUUAUCGACAACGGUCAGCGAAGAGUCGGAUUGUACGGCUACAGUUCGUGUAUACGAUUUGAAUAAGCGUGAAACGAAAAUUUUACGUCACGAUAUAAUAAAGAGAUCACGCAAUCCCGUCGGUGGUGAAUCGAUUAAUACGUUUGAUAAUUUGGGCAAUUGCUGUAGCGAAAUAACAGCAACAGCAACAACAACAACAACAACAACCACAUCGACAUUUCGGAGCGUAAAAGAACGAAGUGAUUCGCCGCUUCAAUCGACCAUCCAACACUUUAACAGUCGUAUAUUGGAAAACGCGAACGAAACACGCAAACCGCCACGAUCGCCAACCAAAUUGAAAUCAAUCCAUUUGAAUCGAAAUCCGCGCAAACUCAAAAUGGCCGAUGUUCAAUUGAUGAAUGACGCAUUUGGAACGAGCUUAGAUCCGAAAAUUAUCGACGAAUUGAAGCAACAGCGACAAAGUAAUGGUGACAUUUUCAGUGAAAUUGAGUCAUCAACGGUUGCUAUUGUUGUGAACAGUGGCGGUGACAGUGAUAAGGACUUAGGCACGGCAACCGAACAAUUGCUGGACAGUGAACGCGAGUCAAGUAAAGUGUGUGUUGUACAAAGUGAAACAACAACAGCCAAAGCAGCAGCAGCAGCAGAAGUAGUCGCCACAACAACGCAGUGCCAAGUAUUAGAAAAACCACAAGAGGAGGAAGCAGUGGAACAAAAACCACAAGAAGAAGAACCAGAUCAAGAACAACAGCAACAAGAACAUGCGCAACUCAAACAUGAGUCCGAACAACAAUUUGAAUUAGAAAAACCAGAAAUGCAAACCGAACAAUCGCAAGAACAACAACAAUCGGAAGAGCCUGUCGUGUGCGCAGAACACACGAAAGAUGUGUUAGUCAAUGUAAGUGCCAGUGAUCACAUCAGUGAUGAAUUCGAUGAUGACUAUACGGAUGCGCAGAAUGACCAACAUCACAAUGGAAACGAUGAAAUUCACUGUUUCAUGGCUGAUCGUGAAACAGCCAUCGAUGUGCCAACUACCAAAAAUGAUGACAAUGACAACUAUGCUACGGCGGCCGAUGAUCAAUACGUUGAGCACAUAUCAAAUGAACAUUGUGAACACAACCAUGUGAAAGCAGCAUUCGAACGAAAUAGCGAAGUGAUCGUCCAAGUGAACGAGCAUAAGGAAAAAUCCGUCAUCGAAGAAGAUGUCAUUUCGGCUUUGCCAUCGGUCAAAGCACUUGCUCGAACAUUUUCAACCAAAAAUAAUACCAAUACCGUACCCGAAAAACUGCAGCGCCCAAAAAGAAAACUUACAAAUCAGAUGGUUUGGCGCAAUUCAUACAAUGGCCCCAAUAACAAUGAUAUCAAUGUGAAAGACCAGAAUGGCAACGAUCCAUCGUCGCCAACAUAUGUGCCGAAUUUCAAUCAUGCCUAUAAUCCAGUUGCACCCGGCUACAGCAUCACAGCCCGCAGUUUAUCAACGAAAUUCCGUGAAGAAUUAAGGAAUGCAACGGAUGACAGCAACAAUGAAAAAGACGGUCGCUUAAGCCCUGAACGUCCAUCUAGUCCGGUAUUGGUGCCAGGGAUUUUGAAAAAUAAUAUAGCAUUUUUUGAAAAUUUACGUAAAAAAUAGAGAAAAAAAAAACAAAUAAGCGGAACAGGCCACACUGCAAAAGUGGCCUUAUAAUCAUUUUUAAAUGCAAAGAAACAACAGAAUAGCAAAAACAAAACAAAGAAAAAAUAACAGAUUUCAAAGUGUGUUUAUUUCGCUUUUUCUACACUUUGAUCAAAAUUAAAUCAUAUCGAAUCAAUUUUUAACCACCACUUGAAGUGUAUCAAGAGAGAGAGAGAGAAAAAAAGUCAUCAGAAUGAAAUAGCACUAGUUUAUAUACACCAUACAACAACAACAACAGAAAAAUAACAAGGGAAAAAAACAUUCAGCACUUAUAGUAUUACAAUCACACAUCUAUGUAUACCAAUGGUUAUAUUACAUUAUAUAGUAUAUGAUAAAUUAGCUAGUGAAGUUGACUAAUCGUCAUGUGAAAAUGAAUUAUUGGCUUAACGAUAUUUUUAUGUCAAAUAAAAGUAUACAUUUUGCAUCUAAA